CCGAGCUGGGUAACGCUAGCUUGUAACCUGAGUGGGGGCCUUAGGGUGAUGGGACGCUGGUCCAGCCCAUUGUGUAGGGUCCGCAGAUGCUAAUUUCUGGCUUGCCCGUUCCAAGCUGGGAGUUGAACCUUGUGACUCGAGCCAAAGCUUGGGCUACCUUCUUCCUAGAGUGGAGGGGUCCGCGUGAGGCUGGUUUCACAGAGCAGCGAAAACCUCCCCCUCUCGGCAGUGGAAGGAUAACAGGCUGGUGUUUCUCAGGCCUACCAUGGCACAAUAGACUGAUCCUAGCUGGACCAUCCCCUUUUUGAUUUUGGGCAUAACUAUUUUCUUUUUAGGUCAAAGGACUUAUUUGCACCCUACACUUAAUUGUUUUCCUCCCUAUUCACACCCUUAACUUUUCAAAACCUGUAAAAAACUCAAUAUUUUAAC